AUGUCCAAGUCGGGAAAAGAUGCGGUCGUAGCCUCGCACAAAGCAUCUACCACAUCCAACGUGACGUUGUCUGUCUAUGAAAGCCUUAAGGAGCUCAUAGCAGCUUCGAGCAGGAGAGGUGAGGACAUUGCAGCCGUGGCGAUCGGAACUACGCAUUUUCUUAACGCUAUUAUCGAGCGAGACUCGUCCCGCGUGGAGAAGGUAGCUGUGUUGAGGCUAGCUUCUCACGGCUUCUCAACGGGCACACCCCCUUUCACGGACUGGCCCAAGCCUCUGAAGAGAAUCAUUCACGGGCACUCUGCCAUCAUACCAGGCGGAUGCAACAUCAACGCCACUCUUAUCGCACCGAUUGACGAGGCUGCAGUCCGUGAACAGGCCGAGAUCAUCAAAUCGAAGGGGCUUAAGAAUGUUGUGAUUGUUGGCAUCGGCUCUACGACGGACGUUCAUCACCACCAAGAAGAAGCAGUGCAUGACGUUCUCCGGCAAGAGCUUGGGUACAACGUCAACAUUGUUCUCUCACGCAAUAUUGCUGGAGCUGGCUUGCUGACCCGCGAAAAUGCGGCUAUUCUCAAUGCAUCGAUUUUGAGCUUUGCGCAACGGACUAUCCGCGCCUUCAUUGGCGCGAUGCGUCGUAUCGGUCUGCAAUGUCCGCUUUACCUGACGUCGAAUGCAGGCCACCUCCUCCCCUUCUCGGAAGCUAUGCAGACUCCCAUCAGAAUUUUCUCCUCCGGCCCGACCAACUCAAUACGAGGAGCUGCUUUCUUGACACACACGUCGAUAGAGCAGUCCGGAAGUAUCGUGGUCGAUAUCGGAGGCACGACAACCGAUGUGGGCUAUCUGAUGAAGAACGGUUACCCAAGGCUAUCCAAGUCAUUCACAGCAUUGGCAGGGGUCAAAGUGAACUUGGAGAUGCCCUCCGUUGAAAGCAUCGGAUUGGGCGGCGGUUCCAUUUUGCACGAAAGCGCAGAAGGCAAAGUCACCAUCGGCCCGGACAGCGUGGGACAUGAUCUUACUACCAGAGCUCUGUGCUUUGGCGGAGAUACAGCAACCACAACUGAUAUUGCAGUGGCGCUUGGCGCCCAACUCGGGACGUUCUUGGUCUCGCUCCCCACUGCCACAGUCAACAAGGCACAAGCUCGGAUGAAAAAGAUGAUUGAGUCGUGUAUCGACAGAGCCAAACUCUCGCCAGAUCCCUGCACUGUCAUACUAGUGGGAGGCGGCUCGAUCCUGUGCCCGAGAGAGCUCAGCGGUGUCGGUGAGCUGAUCCUGCCAGAGCAUGCUGGAGUAGCUAAUGCUAUCGGUGCUGCCAUUGCCAAGAUCCACGGAGCCGCAGAGAAGAUCAUCUCCGGCUCGGGCAUCAAGGCUGGCAUCGCUGAAGUUAAAGCGGAAGCCAUCAACAAUGCUGUGGCCAAGGGAGGUGAUGCCAGCUCAGUCACCAUCCUUCACGAAGAGGCGUCUGGGGUUCCAUAUACAGAUGGCCAGACACUGAUCAAGGUUGAGGUCGCCUGUCCGGCCGACCACGGUCGGGUCUUUGCCUCGAUGACACAGACUACUGCACCCGACGAGCUAAUAGACCACGAGAUGUUCAAAGAGGCCAAAGAACAUGAUAUUGCUUCUGAGGACCACUCUCCUGACGACGCGGAGAUCGACCUCGCUACCUACCGCCCCACCAUCGAUACAGACGGACAGUGGGUUCUCUCUGAGCCAGACCUGAGGUUCCUAGCCAUUGGUUGUUACAUCCUUGGCUGUGGCGGCGGUGGAUCACCCUACGUGCCGUAUCUCGAACUUAAGCAGAUGGUCUCGGAAGGAGAGACGAUCAAGAUUAUACGGCUGGAAGACGUCAAGGAUAAUGAUAUGCUCCCGACAGUUGCGAGCGUGGGCACACCGGCCGUCAGUAUCGAGCGCCCAGGCGGCAUGGGUGUUCUGCACGCAAUGAAGGCUAUGGAAAAGGAGAUGAAGGUCAAGUUCGAUGGCCUGACGGCGACUGAGAUUGGCGGGGGCAACGGUGUGGCGACGUUGAUCUGGGGCUCCUCUCGUCACUACAACAUCCCGACAGUUGACGGCGACUUCAUGGGGCGGGCCUAUCCCAAUUUCGAAAUGGUUUCGACGUACGUCAAGGCAAAGACUAUCAACGAGCUUCUCCCCGUGACCCUCUGCAGCGGCACAGGGGAUACCGUGAUCGUGCCCGCGAACCAGACGGACGAGGUCUCGGCGGGACGCUCGAUCCGUGAUGCCUGCGCGAGCAUGGGCUUUUCAGCUGGUGCCUCCGGCCCUCCUCUACCCGGCAGCCGCGUGAGAGAGGUCGGCAUUCCCAACACCUUCUCGCUAGCCUGGCGACUGGGCCGCGCCGUUGCAAUAGCACAGCAGCAACAGAUGGGUCCGGCAUCCAUCACCGAUGCCUUGAUCAGGGCCGCAGGAGGUCAAGAUAGUGCGGCCGUGGUGUUCCGCGGCAAGAUCCGCGCGGUCGAGACCAAGAUCACGGCAACGGCACACAGUCUCGGUAAGGUCAUUAUCGAGAAGCUGGAUGAUGGAGAGGAUGACGGCGGCAACGGUGUCGAUGGACUGGGUCGGGAAUUUGACGAGAUCGAGGUCCCUUUUAUGAACGAGAAUCUUUGUGUCGUCGGCAGGAAGAGGGCUGAUGGGUCGGAGAAGGGUUCCAAGGUCAUCGCGACUGUGCCCGAUCUGAUCGUCUUGAUCGAUACCUCCACUGGUGAGGCCAUCGGUGUGCAAGACUACAGGUAUGGCUUAAAGGCUACGGUCAUGAUCAUGGCGCCCCAUCCUCUCUGGACAACGCAGCGUGCGUUGAAGAUUGCCGGUCCGCAAGUCUUUGGACUGCCCUACGAAUACAAACCCGCGCUCCAAUACAGCAAGCCGGGUAGUGUCAUCGACGAGUAUCGGGCGCCGUCGCUGAUGAAGUCCAUCGGAUUAUAUUGA